AUGUCCGGCCUUCCUGGAGACUCUCCUGUGCAACGAUCAGGGCGUAAUGGAGAACGCCCCCAUGAGGAUUCGCCCUCGUCGGAGUUUGGAGACUUCCAUUCAGGUCCGCUCCACGACUCCUUCGCUGCCCGGUCACACGAACUCGAUCUCUUAUCCUCAUCCCCGUCAGUCGGGCCGUCUAGAGGCUCAGCUACUCUAAACGACAGCGACCUUUUGAUCUCAUUUGACGACUUUGAGGAAUCCUAUCCACCUGCCGAGUCAUUGACCCUCGACCAAAGCCUCGACUACCUUACAGACGAACCCGCCAGCUCGAGCAUUCUCUCUGUCGAUUCUUCCAACAGCCGCCAUAGGAAUCCCUCGUCCAUGCAGACACCUUCAUCUCUACUGGACUCCUCUCCUACUCGAUCACGACACGCGUUUCCAAGUCGCUUUUCUGGCCCAAGCUCGCCACCCAGGCUCACCGACGCUGGAGCCGAUAUCGUGUUCCACCCUCGUCAGAUCCGGGGCAAAGACGACGCAGCUUCGGAAUUCCGCCGUCUCCGUCGCAUGUCCGACGACUGGGCAGCCAGUGGGAAACAACCUCCCCACCCAUCUACCGCCUCUCACUCUCCCCCCCGCUCUCGGUCCAUCGUCGACGCGUUUGCAACCUCUGGUCUUGCCACCAGGUGGAAGCGGUCUCUGCGAGGGCCACAUGUUGGUGUAGAGCCGGACACCCACAGUAAAACGGCCGUGCCAAUCGACAUUAGUCACAAGUCACCAUUCGCGUCCGUGGACCAAAUUGCAGGCAGUUACGCGCCUCCCGAUGGCGCGCCAGGCUUCAAGCCUUCUACCACCUCGGCUGAAUAUAGCCCGGACGACGAAUGGAUCGGCACUACCCUGGACGGCCGCAGGGAGCUAACAGCUCCUGUGCUGGAUGUUUCGCAGGCCAGAGAAGUCGAAAAGCACGCCAAAGAUCACCGUACCACCGGCAACAUUUUGGUUGUCCGUGACAAUCAAGGCCACACUUUUGGCAUCUACUUGAACGAGCCAAUCCUCAAGCGGGAGGGAACAUAUUAUGGCACUGGCGAAUCGUUCAUGUUCAAGUUUGUCGCCGGCCAGAGCAAACCACGGGUCUUCAGGUGGACUGGACGCAAUCAGUAUAUCGCUCUUUGCGAGACAAGCUUCAUCUCAUUUGGAGGAGGUGGCAACUCUUAUGGCCUCAUCCUUGACGCCACCUUUUCACGCAACUCAUCCGCCACAUCCCCAGCCUUUGACAACGAGGUACUUUGUGACGAGGAUAUUCGAAGUGACAAAGGAGAGGUCUUCGAGUGCAUAGGUCUCGAAGUCUGGGCGACAUCGUAA